GUGCAGACACACACACACACAUGCAGCAUUUUACUGUUAUGAAUUUAGUGAUCAGAAGUAUGGAGUUAAUAGUGCUUUGAUGUGUAAUAUUUCUCUGACUGGAUCAUUAAUCAGCCUGGCUAAGGUGAAUUCAAGACAUAUUACCAUGGAUACCUAUGUGUAAGAGAUUUGUGUGGUGUUUGUGAGGAGGAGGGCUAAUGUUCCUGAAGACUGACUCUGGAUGCUGUACACACAUACAGCAGUACACUUGGGAUUAGCUAGCGACUUGAUCAAGACGACCAGGAGAGACUGUAUGCGUGAUUGGAAACAUCUUCCUCUGAUUAGUCUGGAAUCGCAGGCCCCUCAAGCAUUCGUUGAUAUGAUGUACCAAGAUGUAUGACCCGCUGAGUGCUGGGCGAGGUCGACUGCCCAACAUCCAGGCGAUCGGCAAGUGGGAGUCUGUGGAUGAAGAUGACCCACCAUAUGUUCCAGUUCAGGUUUACGGCUACGAAGCCGACGGUGACCGGUCCUCAGAAAUGGAGCCAUCGUUUGACGUGAGUGAUGCCGAAGAUGCCGUCAAACUUCUGAGAAAGACGUUCCAGAUAGUGAAUCCCGGCCGCCACGCGUGCAGGAAGAACCCUGAGCACGGAGGGUCGUACUUCGUCCACUCGCACACCUCGGCCACCCUCGGCAAGGACUACAGCCAGCUGCGUAAAGUCCUCGAGCACCACGCCAAGCUGGAGUUCGUCCGGGACUGUCUGUUCCGAAUCCGGUCGGCCUCGGCGUAUGUGACCGAUCUGGAGAGUGUGUUGAACCAGGAGUACCGGACGUCGCACUCCAUCCAGCACGGCUGUACCCCGGACGUGGGAGUCAGCAAGCUGUUCUGUCUGAACGCUCUGUGUGAGGACCUGCGGGUCCAUGUGAACCACUGGAACGUACUGAAGCAGCGCAUGAACACCAGCAAGUGGCUGCAGCCGUGUCUGGGCCGGCUCUGUCUCCAGGUGGAACACGUCAAGCGGACACUCGCCCAUCUCUGUGAUAAAGCAAUAUGGCUGCUCGAGCACCUCAUAAAUGUCGGAUUUGAAGUGUUCGCCCACUGCGAUAUCGAGAAGCUCAGUCCCGAAGUCAUGUGGAACGUCACCCGGGGUUUGGAGGAUUUCAAUUCGAUAGUUUCCGGAGUUCGGACUACGAACAUCCACAGUGAGAUCUCAUUCACACCAGGUGUCUUCCUCUGUGUAAAUCCCUCCUCAUUAACUUUUCAUCCUUGUCACCACCUUCAUCCAGCAUUUGCAAACUACCCCGGAAGACUGGGCGAUUCGGUUAAGGCUAUUCCAUUUCCUAAAGUGCUGAGGAUCCUGGCUCACGAGCGAUCACGGUACGCCGCACAGCUGACGCACCAGUUCUUUACGACCAGCGACGAGCUACAGACUAUCUUGAACUCAGGUCGGCUUCCUCCAUAUCAGUGGUGCGACAGGGAGACAACUCUGCUGUCGAGCGUGGGCAAUGUUCAGCAGGAGACGUCGGACUACCACACAGGGUCGGGCCGGGCGAGCCGUCUCUCCACGGUGAGCACCUCGCUGCUCCGUGUGGGCCCCAUUAUCGCACCCGAUCUCUCUGUCUACAUGUCCCCGCUCGUCGAGUUCUCCGAGAAGGAGCAGGUCUUCGCCGAGAACUUCCUCCUCAUCGUGUGCAGUUCCACCACGCUCCUCAGGAAGAACGACAACGGCAAGGCGCGGUCCAAGUCGAAGGAGGUCAAGGUCCCACAGAGUCCUGUGAUCGGGCGGCCACCGAAGGCUGUGAGUGACGCACCGGUGUUGUCUCGAGCCGACUCGAGACGGAAGACAGUUUCAUGGGGGGACAAUGCGGACACUUCGAUUCGUAACCAGGUCGUGUCACGGUACAUGGAUGUUAUGUGGCAGCAGUUUGGGGAGAAUCUCGACCUCUUCAUGCUGGAGCCUGCGUGGGACACGAACCACAAUCUGCUACACUCGCGAUUUGGGAGUGUUCUCUUGUGUAACGACACAGUGGUGUCGGUCAUCAGGCACAUGAUAGAGUAUGUCUGUGUUAAAGAUCUGUUUCCUCCACCGUCAGUGGAACCACUGUUAGGGAUGACUCUGAGACUUCACACGAUGUCUGCAUUUGCUGCCUGGGAUUACUACCUGAGCAGCGCUGCGUCGUCCAGUGUCAGUGACAAGUGUUACCCAUGCCCCCUCGUCAACCGAAAGUACUGCACCCGCACUGGCAUCCUGCUCAGAGACUCGUUCAGGCCCCUCACCAAUCUCGCGGAGGAGGUGUGGAGAAGUCUGGGCAUCGUCUUACCGGGCUCGCGCUUACAAGACUGUGAUCUCCUGCCGCGACAGCCUGUGGACCUGCGCCUGGCGGCCGACAUCUGUCUGCGGCUGCUGGUGUCGAGCCGGGCCGCCCACACGUGGUGCAUCAAGAAGACUCAGCAGCUGCUGAGUGCGUGGGCGGUGGGGGCGUUCCUCUUGCUGACCCACACGGACCUGCAUCUGCUGGUGGACGAGACGAAGCGGUCAACCAUCCAGCUGCAGCAGCUGGUGUCCAAGUCAGCGGCAGUCGGCCUCACCAUGCCCAGCGACCAGCUCUACCUGUCACAGAUCACUCAGAUGUACCAGCACAUCGGAAACAUCAACUUUGAGCUGCAGGGUAGGUCUGGUGUGUCAAUGAAGCUAUUCUCGGAGAAGUGCGGUCAAAUUGCUUUUAACUUCCUGCGCGAAAAUAUGCCUCUUGGGAAGGGCUGGAAAAGAAAAACACCACUUGACUUCCCAACCAAAGCCAAUGCCUAUGUGGAAGAAGUGUUGGAGUCGGUGCUCGAACCAGUCAUCGAAGGAGUCAGCAAAUUAAAUUUCCCUUCACAACUUGGUGUCAUCUCCAUGGCAACCGUUUCACUCUGUCAGGCAUGGACGGAUGUCAUUCUCAAAGAGAAAAUUAAAUUCAGUUAUUUUGGUGCUCACCAGCUGAGUGUAGACUUCUGUUACGUGAAGACAUGGCUGUGCCAGCACGUGAAGAAUGCAGACAUCAGACAGAGCGUGCUCGACCUGGGAGUCUUCAAGUUCCUGCGCGGGGUUGUCAUCAUCCUCAAAAAACAGCCCAACAAGCGGCCCACCAGUCGUGUCAGAGAUUGCUCAGACGACGAUAUCAGUUGUGAAUGUAACAGCACCGACCUGACGUCCAUCAGUAAGAUUCAGUGCGACCACGGGUCCAGUCUCGAUGGAGAUGAGAAAGACAUCUGUAACGUUAACAACGUUGAAGACUGGAUGGCGCUGCGAGUUGUUGGGGGCUCGCGGUCCUGGAGGUUUCCUUCCUGUUUCAGUGGGCGCAAUGAAGUCGAAUGACUUGGCAGAUUUCAGGAAAACUCUCGCACAAAACUAGCAUGAAAUCUGUGUCAAGCAACCAUGUAGAGGGUGAUGACAAAGACAUCUGCAACAUUGACAACUUCAGUUAAGAGGUGGUCUAUUAAGACAGGUGGCUGUACAGUACAAGUUAAUUGGUACAUGAUUUGAGUAUCAGGUGACCUCUUUAUACAGGUGGCUGUACAGUACAAGUUAAUGGGUACAUGGUCUGAGUAUCAGUUGGCCUUUUUAGACAAGUGGCUGUACACUACAAGUUAAUUGGUACAUGAUUUGAGUAUCAAGUGACCUCUUUAGACAGGUGGCUGUACAAUACAAGUUAUUGGUACAUGAUCUGAGUAUCAUGUGAUCUCUUUAGACAGGUGGUUGUACAAUACAAUACAAGGUACAGAAAAUGGCCUUAAGUCAGGUGGAACUGUCCACAUGCCAUGAUUUGAGAGAAUACUAGUAGUCAAGAGAUGUUAUGUGGCCCAUUGAAAUGGAUGGCUGCUUAAUACAGGUCAGGUGGUUUGAGAGAGUUUGUAGGUCGACUCGUACAACAGGUGGCUACUUACACGAUUAAAGUGACCAGUUAAUAGAGUUGAACAGGUGUACCUGUAGACAUGUACAGUGAAACCCCUCAAAACCAGAUCAUUCAAUUUUGGUAAACCGGAAUUCUCUCUAAACCAGAUAUUCCUUGAAAAUUUACUUUUUACUUGGUCUCCUCCUGUUUAGAAAGGCUUCACUUUACUGAUAUUAACUAUGUGCUGUAUGUCGAUAAUUACACCUUGUUUAUAUUUAUAAAUCAUUGUUGUGCAUUAGUGUUUAGUGAUACUAUUAAACAAAAUCAAAUUACAAUACAAUGACAAAGCAAGAAUCAAAACACAAAAAUAUAUGUUUAAUUUAUUUAUGUCAAUCUAUUGGUUAAAAUAUUGAGGUGUUUGUUGUUUUUUCUAAAUCAUUGGUAAAAUGUGGCCAAAUUAACUGAAAAUGAAAGAGAAAGAAGGAAGUAGCUAUCACAUGACCAGAACAUGCUAACCAGGAUUCACAGGACGAUAUUAGACAUUUGAUUGGCUGUUGUGAUGUUUGGGCCUUCCAUGGUGUAGGAGAAAGAGUCUGAGGUCAGGUUAAAUAUUCAAGACAAGAGUAAAUGGUGCAAGUUUUCUUAAUUUCUGUGCAGUCAGAAUAUUCAUAGAUGUGAAUAAAACUGAAUUCUGAUUGCCAUCAGACCUGACUGACAAAACACCCUAUGAUUUAACGUUAGUCAAUUCCAUAUCUAUUAUGUCCCUUGCCACUUUCAUGACCAAGUUUUCACAAAUGCAUUUCAUCUUGUUCUUUUGUGCUGUGAAAUUUUUGCCAAUUCUGUUUUGUUUGGUCUAAUGGAAGAUGAUCCGUUGACUUUAGUUAAGACCUUCUGAGACAUAAAAUGUUUGAGCACCUAGUUAUUUUUUUUUUUUAAAUUGGGGGGGCGGGGGGGUUUGGUCAGUCAGUCUUUGUCCAUAUCUAUCAUUGAGGUUUUUUGUUUUGUUUUAAUGAUGAUGUGCCCAUCUUUGUUGUUUAUGACAAUCAUAAAUGUGCCAUUAAGUUGUGAUCUCACAAGUGAUUACUUUUGGAAAGCUUCGGCCAAUCUUUAAAAAUAUAGUGUUCAACCUGAGCAAGAAAUGCCCACCGUCCCCUGUACAUGCCUGUAUAACAACACAGCAGUUGUCACAACUUAUACUUACAGCUGAACCGAUAUUAAAGAUUUUCUCAAACACUGCUCGAUCAUGCACAGAUCUAGUGAGGGUUGUGAUGAUGGAGACCAAAUGCCAUUACAGUAUGUAUUAAACUGAAUGGCACUUCGCAGGAUCGAAGCAUCAAAACCCUGCUUACAAUAGUGGUUUGCCUUUGCGCAUUUGGCAUUCCAUUAAUGUUAGAUUUUAAAUUUAUGCAUCUACCAUUGUUGAUUGAUGUUACUGUGAGACUACAGCUGUAAUGAAAGUCUUCUUAGUCCAAAUCAUUGUCUGCCAUAGUUUGAUUCAGAACGUCAAUUGUCUGAAGAAUGAAUGAAUGCACUUUAUAUAUUUAUUGUGUCAGAUUUGUUACAACCAAAGGAUGUGUACUUUUGAUGUUAAGAUACAUUUGAAAGUCUGUAUACAAAGCCCUCUCCACCCCAUUAUCUGAUAAAAAUUAUUUAUUGGGGGAUGUACAGCUUACUUAAUCCUGGAUGUCUCAGUGAUACUAGGUUCUUGGAUACACUCAUGUAAAGCUCUACCACUAAGCUACACAGCCUGGGCCCAAUUCACUUACUCACACAACUUUGCGAUCUCGCAGUGCAAUACAAAAAACAUGUAUGCAAGGAAAAUGCAAUGUUGCUUAAGAGAGCUUUGUGAAUUAAGAUGUGUUGGACAUAGAAACAGUAAAUAAACUAAAAUUCUUAUAUUGACAAUUUUCUAGUUGUCCGUUAAAAACCACGGCUUUAAAAUUUUUAGUUCAAUAUAGCUAGUUGUAUGGAAAUUAGACGGGUUUACAACCACAAACCAUGUGUACAUCUCUAGUCAUUUAGUUUGUAAUUAUUAUUGUUCCCUUUGCCUUUUGUGUGUCGGAUGUGAAAUUUGUACGACUUGCACUUUGUUUUCUUCACCAUUCAGUUACAUAGAAUUUAUAACCACUUCUUCUGUAAAAGGGUUCUAGUUAAAACAACAGUUUUGCUUUUAAUCCGUGACACAUUAGACACAGUUUAAACUACUGAAAUGAUGAUGAUGUUAACAAUAAGGUGACUUUUUGUUGGAAAUGUGGAGCCGUUUAGUUUGUCAAAGAAUUUUUUUAAUAAUCAAGGGUUGCCCAGUUGGAAUUACCUAACAUACAUGUAGGUGAAUUUUUUAUAUUGACAUCAAGAGUUUUUAACAUUGUUAUGUAAUUUAUUUGGAAAAGCGGUUGUUUAGGCUUAUUGUCUGUUGUUUAUUUCACAAUCAAUUCAGCUGUACCCAUUCACAUCACCUGUGAUAACUGAAUUUAUCAUCCAUUAAAGGCUUUCGUAGGAGAUAUCACUGGCAUUAUAAUUUGCGAUAUCUUCGCAUAUCGCUUCUUAUAAUCUUGAUUAGUCAAAUUUUAAUCACAAGACAAUGUUUGGUUACGUCACUGUGUUUGUUUCAGCACUAAACCUACCAUUAGACCUGUCAACCCUCCUGGAUUCCGCGGGAGAUUCUCCCGGGAAAUCGUUAUUUUCUAAGCAUAAAAAAAAAUUCAAGCUACCGUGGCUGUGUAUUGACAUUCAGUGUUGCCAUAUAUAAAACUAUCCAAUUUAGUCCUAAUAACACCUGUGGCUGUGACUCGUAAAAUGUCUUCCCACUGGAUUACAUAAUGCAAAGUUCUAUGGCUGGAAGUGCUAGAGUAUUAUUAUACAGCGACCGCAUGCAUCAAUACACACGAUGUCAAAAUCACAUGUCAAAGGAAGACAACAGAAAGACCAAUUAGCUAUAUAAACAAUUAGAUUUGUAGGUUUGUGCAGUAAAAUGUUAGUAACAAGAGUACACUUCAAGGGAUUAUUUUCCUACGAUUAAUAAAUAUUGUGUUUGACAUAACGUUACUCACGGAAAUAGGUAUAAUUCCGAUAUAUUUCACACGAUGUCAGUAAUGCGCUUUUAAGUAUGAUUAAUUGAUUAGUGGAAAUACAAUAUUUAUUGCAUGGCUGUGGUGAUUUUAAAUAAGUACCACACCACUGUACCUUAUUGUAGUAAAACUGAAUAUUAAUUUAUAAGAUUUAGGCCUAUAUAAAUUUGUCAUGGGUCUACUUUUCACGAAACAAAAUAACGAUGAUGCAACCUGUAAGUGUAAUACCGUAAAUGUACUAAUUAAUGUUUAAAUUUGUUAGUGUUAAGAUUUUUGGAUAAAAGAAUUAUUUUUAAAAAUAUGUAUUAAAUUAUAUUAAUAUUUAAAAAUAAUUAAAACAAAAUUUAAUAUAUAUAUAAUUUUUUUUUUUUUUUAAUGUCAAUAACUAAGGUUGACAAGUAGGCCUAUACAUGACAUUAUGUAGUGUUCACAUAACUUAUUUUAGUACUUUUUAAAAAGUUGUGUUAAAUUGUGUGCAGUUAAAAAAAUCUCCUGUUUUAUGACAAAAUCUCCUGCUUUUUCAACACACACCUGCUUUCUCUUGACUAAAGGUUGACAGGUCUGGAUGUCAUGCCACUGCCAUUUUGUUAGUUAAGGAGUCUACCGCUGACAUUCAACACACAUUACUGACAUUGUUUACAACUGUCUUAAAUGAAAAGAAUAAUAAUGGAUGAUAAAAAGAAUACCCCCCUCGUGUCUUGUGAUAUCAUAAUUUAUUAGCACUUGUUGAUAAAAGUAUAAAAUCCUCGGCAAGCCUUGGGUUUCAUACUUUUAUCAACUCGUGCUGAUAAAUUAUAAUAUCACAAGACACUCGGGGAGUAUCCUCCAUGUAGCAUAAUGAUUCAGAACAGUGUGUUUUGAUGUGUUAGACUGGUUUUAAUUUAUUACAUGUUGUGAGGUUUUUUAAAUAUGUAAAACAUCCGGUUUUCUUAGCAAUAUGCAUGUAUGUAUGUUAUGGAUCUCACCCUCGUGUUGACACAUUUUGUAAAUGUUUGUUAUAUUAAUAACCUAAAAUAUAUUUUAUUAUUUGACGUGUAUAGAUAAAAGUAAACGGUGCCAUAAUGUUAGAUAUUCUGUGAAUGAAUAUCGGAGAUAUUUUUAACUGAUUAAUGAAUCUUUGACAAGCACCUUCGACUAUCUACCCUAGUAGUAUCGUGCCCAGGUGUGUUUGUGACAGAAAACCUGUAUAAAGCAGCCACCUAACUCUUAACACAGUUGUUUAUUAAUAUAGGUGGUUGCUUAAUAUAGGUCAGUUUGUAUUAUUUUUGUUUUGAAGAGUCCAGGACUUAUCAUUGUGAAAUGAUAUUAACCUACAUAUACAUAAUUAUGUAAUUUCCUAGAUUUAAUGCCAUUUAUUUUCAAACUGUACACAUGCUUAGCCUCUCGUUCACCCUAAAACAGUAUAUCAAUAAUUCAUGUUGAUUUUGUAAAGCAUAUUUUAUCAAUGUUUUGUUUUAAAAGUGUAUACUGGCAUUUAUUACCCACCUGAUGAACAUCUGAGUGUAAGUACAAGUUUCGUACACACCUGGUGGUGUGUAUUAGUUGCUAAAUGAUGUCAUUUCGGUAAGUGACAUCAUCUUCCCUGGUUUAAGCAGUGUGCUUGGCAUGUCUCAUUGUCGAUUUUGCAUUAUUUAGUAUCUGGGAAGUUAACUUGUUUCGUCAAAAUGAUAUCUAGCAAAAAUGAAUGUAUUAUUACCCAUAUGGGCAGAUAAUUGUGUGUAAGAAUAGUUUCCAUGGUGGAAGUCAUGUCAUCAGCGAUAUAUAUGUCACAGCUAUGACUCAACGUGGCCUCUUGUUCUUGACUUGCAAACUUAUUUUCAACAAAAGUAUUGUUCAAAAUAUUUUCAUAAAAUUAUAAAUGUUAAAAAUGGGUAAUAAAUAGAAUACCCAACUCGCUACGCAAUACCGUUUAUCUUGCAGUCGUGAAUUGACAAUUGACAAGGACAUAAAUUCACUCAUGCAAGAUAAACAGUAUUGCCUCGUAUUGAGUUGUGUGCUCAAAGUAUUCUAUAUUUAUCCAAUUCCCUCUCCUAGCAUUUGGUUUGUAGGCGUAUUUGUAGAAAUGUUUAUGAAAUUUGUGAAUGGCCCCUUUUUGCAAUUGAAGUAGGGGCCACCACGUUUUGCACCGCUCAGAUUAAAUUUUCUGGAGUCCUUGGGUACAAAACAAAGGUCUGAUUAUAUUGCAGGUCAGUUUAUACUAAUUGUAUGAUCUUUUAAAGUAGUUGUUUUUUGCAGUACCGCCUGUUAUGUUAAAUAUUGGCAACAGUGAGAUGGUCUUUUUGGACAGGUGCAGAGCAGCCACUUGGAACAGGUUUUAUGGUACAUCUGGAAAAUAAUGUGUUUGUGUCGUUUUAAUUUGUACACAGUGUAUCUCAUUCUUACUUUUGUACCCUUUUAUUUGACCACCGUUUUGUUUAUUUCUUCAACUGACAUGUACCAAUAUUUCUAUAUUUUAUCACACUGCAUAGAGCAAUUUUUGAGAGUUAUGCCGAAAGUUCGCUGUGAUAUUUAGUUUAUUCUUGUCUUGUGACAUUCAGCAAAUAAAUAAAUUAACCUAA